AUGAAUAACACAGAUAACAAUUCCAUCUCUUUGCUACACGCCAUGUACAAUGAGAUACUAUCUUUGAAGGCAGGCCAAGAAAAGGCCAAACUUGAAAUGAAGGCACAGAUUGAAGAAGCCAACUGGAGAAUAGAAACAUUUCCAACUAACACACUUCGCCUUCUGUCUCUGCCAUUUGCUAAUACCAUCCGCAAACCAGUGAGCAUAUUCCGUGAAAUAACUUUAAAGCAUAUCUUCAAGAUGAUAAGUGAAGACCUUGGCAUUGAAGUAACGAGUAACGAAAAGGCCACACUCAAUAUGUGUACAAAGCUUAUAUGUGAUGAUAUGGCUGCCCAUCCUUCAGUGAUUGCUCUUGGUCCUAAUCCUAGCUGGGGGUCUAUACCAGUAGCACUUAAGAAAGAAAUGUGUGCCAGGCACGCAAAUAUAAUGAAGGAUUCUGGUAUAGACUUCACUAGAUGUCUCGGAAACUGGGCAUCAACUGCAAGAGUUGCACAUCUCUGGAGGGACUGCCAUAAAAUAUUACAGUCUUGUAAGUAA